AUGGCCAACAACAACACACCCAGUCCUGAUCCCUUUGUCCUGGAACAACUGAUUGAAGAUUCCAGCCGCGAACUGACAAACCGCCGCCGGCAGGAACGUGCUUUUACCGGACAGAGGCAACAGACUCAGCACAUUCAACAUGUCCACGGCCUUCAACAAGUCCAGAACGUCGAACAAACCCGUCCUGAAGGACAGGUUCAGAACGGCGAAGACGGGCAGACCCGGCCCCAGACUGAACCAGACCAGCUCCAAGUGGUGAAUGAAACUGAUACCCGAGACGGGCAACACGCUUCCUCGUUCACCCACACCUCUGACAGACGAAGAAGCCGUAGCCCGGACGAGGAGGAACAGAUCAACAUUCCCGAGGGCGCUGAUCCGACUGCCAUUCUCCUACUCAAAGAGCUGCAGAAGACCAACCGCCUCAUCCGCCAACAGGGCGACCGCAUCCACGACCUGGAAAGGAGGCGACGAUAUCGCUCCCCCCAGCGGAGGCGCCAUCGGUCACGUUCCUAUUCCUCUUCGCGGUCUCCCCCUAGGAGAAGUCGCAAGCGCAGUCCAUCUAGGUCUCGCUCCCCCUCGAGGAGAAACCGGCGCCAGCGGUCUUAUUCCCGCUCUCCUCCUCGAAAGACGCGGAAGAAUCAGAAACCUGAAACCACUGAAGCCAAAGAUCUCUCACCCGAGCAGGAGCGCCAAGGCCCCUCCAAAGCCGUGCAGAAAGUCCGCGAGCAUUCUCCAAAAGACAACCGCAGAAUCUCGGGCAAACCACGCACUAAGCCCCAGCGGGGCAGACAUUCAAACUCCCCUGAACCCAGUGACGAAGAGGAUUUCCGCAGUCCCUUGUCCGAGCAAAUCCGGCAUGUUCGUCUUCCCCGGGGGAUGGAAAAACCACCGGCCUUGGACCACUAUGACGGGACCACCGACCCCGAUGACCAUAUAAGGAGCAUCGAAGAUGUCAUGGACUACCACGUGGAUCUUUUCCUAAGCCACUUCACCGCGUCUCGUAAGCAACCAAAGUCAGAAGCAAACCUUGAGGCAGUAAUCCAAGGUACCAACGAAUCUUUGAGAGACUACCUCGACAGGUUCAACAAAGAAGCUGUCCAAGUGCAGACCGCGGAUUACAUGAAAAGGUACCUACUCGAACGAGGGCUCCUCCCCGGAAGCGACUUCAAAAAGGCCAUCAAGAUUGAGGAGGUCCACUCCAUGAACGCCUUCCUUCGCAAAGCUCAGGCCUUCAUCAGAUAUGAGGAAGCAGAGGCUGCGACCACGAGAGCGUCACGGGACAACGAUGCCGCUCGCAGUUCCAACCAUGAGCCCUCAACUUCGAGGCGCGGGCACGAGAGAAGGAAAGACGACAGGUCUCUCGACAUCAAAGAACGCCGUGGACCUUCUGGUCGUUUCAACGAAUAUACCCCGCUGAACGCCUCACGGGAAAGGAUCCUAGCCGAAUGCCAAAACACUGACUUCAAAAAGUCGAACAUCAGACCCCCGAAGUCAAACCCCGCGAGGCCAGGAACUGACAAGUCCAAGUACUGCAAAUACCACAGGAGCCAUGGACACAUGACCGAGGAUUCAAAUGGGAAGGAUUCCCAUUCGCCAUGGUCGUCUCCAACGGCGGAGAUCCGGGCUCUCUCACCAUCAGUUCCGUAA